UGCAUGGAGAGUGCCCUAACCUCGUAGAUUAUCGGAGCACUGUCGGUAUUUACGCCGCAGCAGUUUAAAUAAUCAUUGACAUUAAGAAAUAACCGACGAAAAUGCUGUCGCGAACAGCAUUAAUCAUAAACCGGCGCAUAAUAUCGACGACAACAGUGAGUUCUCAGAAAAUCUCCUGCAGAUCUAUCCACCUCUCCCACCGGAUAAACAGCACGAUAAUCACCAGACAUUCGGCCCUGAAGCUCUCCCGAUACUCACCGCUCCUCAGCACCUCGUUCGUACGAUGUUUGAGCACAGAAGAGACCUCCGAGAGAGCAGAAGCCCUGGGAUCGGUUCUCCAGGCAGCGAAAACCACUGCCGAGAGCUCAACCGAAACUUCCACAGGUAAUUUCGUCGAGAAUGUGGCCCCGGAAGCUGUGACGACGACGAAUAUAGUGGAGAGUAUUCCACCGAGUGCAGAAGUACUUCCCGUAAUCCCAGAUGUCCCCAUAGCCCCCCCUCCCCCUGAGGCACUAGAGACACUGUCAGCCCUGGCAGAGCCAACAUUCAAGUCCCUGGGAUUGGGCUCGUGGUGGCCCUCGGGAAUAAUCCAACAGCUCUUCGAGUGGCUGCACGUGGGAAUCGGGGUCCCCUGGUGGGCAACAAUCGUCAUAGGCACUGUUUGCAUCAGAACCCUCAUGUUUCCCCUGAUCGUAAUCUCCCAGAGGAACGCAGCGCAUAUGUACAACACGAUGCCAGGCAUGCAGAAGAUCCAGCAGAGAAUCACAGAGGCUAGAGCCACUGGGGAUCAGUUGGGUGUUGCAACCGAAACUCAGAAACUCAUGAUUUACAUGAAGCAGCAUAAUUGUAAUCCUAUAAAGAGUAUGAUAGUUCCUAUGGCUCAGGCACCUGUAUUUAUCUCAUUCUUCUUUGCCUUGAGGGGCAUGGCAAAUCUACCAGUGGAGAGUAUGAAAUAUGGGGGUCUCUGGUGGUUUGAGAAUCUCACAGCUCCUGAUCCCUACUAUCUGUUGCCCCUCAUCACUGCAGGGACACUCGCCCUCACAAUGAGAAUGGGCAUCGACGCACCCCAGCUGCAAAGCCUGGGCAUGAUGAAAUAUGCCCUCAACGCAGUGCCUGUUAUUAUGAUUCCUUUUGUAAUCAAUUUCCCAGCAGCACUCACGUUCUACUGGACGGUGACGAAUAUUUAUGGAAUGGGUCAAGUGGUCCUUCUCAAAAUUCCACGAGUUCGAGAAUUCUUCAAAAUUCCGAAGAAACUUCAGCAUCCUCCCGACGCUCUCAUGAAACCAAAAAAAUUCAAGGAGGGAUUCACAGAGUCAUGGACAAACAUGAAACUAGCCCGAGAAAUGACAGCACGACAGCAGGUUGACGUAGUCCAGUUCAACAAAGCUGGAAGAGGACCCAUCCAGAAAACCUACGCUUACAACCCAGUGCAAGAGCACCUGAAGAAGACCCAAGUGAUGGCCAAGAAGGGAUGAACAAACCUGUACAGACUGCGUACCAUAAGCCUCCUAAUUUGUAAAUUAAACUAGUUAACAAUACAAUAAAGUGGAAAUAAAGGUAUUAACGUUCAUUUU